AUGGAGGCCUACCUCGAGCAGGUCAGCGACCAGGUGCUCUCGAGCGAGGCGGGGCUCUUGCGGCUCUACGCGGUCAAGGCGCGCGCGGACGCGGCCGCGUCGCGACGCCGCCACCUCCCGCUCCACCGCCGCGGCCUCACGGGCGUGCGGUAUGCGAUGCGGCCGACUAGCGUCAAGGAGCUCUCGGCGUCGCGGCGCAAGCGCGACGAGCUGCACGCGAUGGUGCAGGCGAUGCGGCGGCUCGUGGUCGCGACGCCGUCGCGCAUCCUCGUCUUUUUCGAGCUCGAGCCGCUGCUGCGCCGCGACGGCGGCAUGAUCACGGACCUGCUCUCUCUGCUCGAGAAGCGGAACCGGCUGAGGGAGGAGGAGGCGAGGGCGAUCUUCGUCCGGCUCGCCGCGCACGAGCUUGGCGUGGCGCUGCGCAACAUCAAGCCCGAGGGCGUGCAGGUGCUCGAGGAGGUGCUCCAGCACCAGUUUUGCGGCGCGGCGCUGCAGGAGGCGGUGCCAUGCACGCGCGACGACUCGCUCAAGGACAGCGACUAUGACAAGGCGCUCGCCGCCCUCGACAGCGACGGCGACUGA